CGGUCUGGCACCCAUUGGUGCCACAUGCUGCUACCGGGGGAGAGGUGUCCCCUUCCAGAAGCUGGGGCCUGGCGGCACCUGGGGCUGCCGCAGCCCUCCUGCCCUGUGCGGGCUGAAUGUACGGAGCUAGAAGAUGCUGUGAAGGGCGUGGGGGCCGUGCCUCCUGGAGCCACUGUGAAUUCCACUCCUGCCGAUGGGGCAGGCCCUGGCUGGGCGCCUGCCGGCGCGGGGCUGGAAGCGCUCGGGCCGGCGUGCUUGUUCUGUUCAAAUAAAGGUACCUCUUUCGUGGGAUGGCAGCCCCGGUGCUUGGAACCUGCCCCCGGAGGAAGAGCAGUGCUCUCCAGGCGGGAGCAAGGGUGGCCGGCCGGCCGGAGCACGAGAGACCUAGAACCAGACCAGGGAGAGGCGGGGAAGCUGGGACUUUGGCCCGUGGGGCCUCUGGUGCUCACAGGCCCCGAGGGAGAACGGAGGUGUGGUGUGAGGAGCCCGAAGAUGGCCCUGACCGGAUCCCACUUCCGGCGCCCAGGCAGAACCUCAGGACAUGUUUUGCCAGUCGCCGAGAGGUGGAGAUGCAGAGCGCGGUGGGGUCCUCGGGACAGGAGGGUCAGGCCAGCCCCGCCCCCGACCGGAACACAGUCUGCCAGAGACACAAAGCAAAGCCCCGUCUGGAGUCACAAAUUAAGGUGGACACACAGGAAACGAGCCGGUGUGGCUGGGCCACGGGGUGGACAGGGAUGGGAGACGAGCGUGGCCUGCUGUGGGGCGAGCGGUGUGGAUCGAGAGGGGCGCGUGAGCCUCACACACGUCACAGUCCGUAGCUGCGAGAAGCGGCGACCGCCCGGAGGGCCGUCUUCCUUGCUGGGUUUUCCUGAGCAGAGCCACCCCGUGGGCCCACCGGGCUUCCCUGAACUUGCCCGCCGUCAGCAGCAGCACCGGGGCCCCGCACGCCACUGCCACGCCGCUACCCCUCCCGCGGCCGGGGGCUCAGGGAGGACAGUCCCUAAGCCCCACCCGCCAGGGCCGGCAGGCAUGACCCCGGACCGCCUGGGGGGCGAUGCCUGCGGUGCGCGCUGUUUCUAUCGGGAGGGGGGUAUGGCACGUCACUCGGGACCCCGCACCAAAGCGAUGCAGUGUUUGUGUAUGGGGUUGCCCUGUUCUAGACCGGGGACCCCUGCUGUGGCCUCUCCGCUGCCCAGCCUGUAGCUUUUGGGGAGCCUUGGGCUCCUGACAUGGGGGGGUGGGGGGGUGGGAGGGCGCCCUCUUGGAGAGGCCGAGCAGACACUGCCCCGUCCAGAGGGCCAGGGCUCGGGGUUCACAGGGGCAAGACACAGCACCUUCAUGCGCCUGGAGCACCGGCUCAGAGGGAGAGCCGGGGCGGCCAGUUACAGGACGACGGGCCAAUUUCAAGAACCCAUCACAAGCACCAUCUUCUGCCUCAACUAUCCUGGGCCAGGGAUGUCCCCCCCCCCCCCCCCGGGGCAGGCAGGAAAGCAGGGCUCUUGCGGGUUCCUCUUGUGGAAACCAGGGUCUAGGCAACCUCCAAAACGGAGCCAGCAGCCAGACCUGCCCCGCACAGACCGGUCUGCCUUCCUGAGGUGGCGGGAGGCAGAAAACCGUCCUAAACCCCGCCCGCCGGAAAGGCUGGCUCCAGACCUGCCCCUGGGGGUCAGGAGGCGGCGGGGCUGGCCUUGGCCCACCGCACGGACCCUCCCCGGCAAGGCAGGAGCUCCAGGCCUUUACUGGAGCAACAAGUUAGACCGCAGCCCACCUUCGGAAAAAGGCAAGCUGCCCGUUUUCCUUGGCGGGUGCAAGCACCUGAGGAUAGGGCUCUGACCCCUCACCCAUCUCGAGGUCCUGGUGCCCUCCCGGGGCCUUGGCUGACUCUGGCCCUUUCAGGGGAUGGAGGGCUUCGGGGGCGGGGGGACCCUUCUAAACACCAUGUACCAGCACAACACUGGUCAGCUGGCGGACCGGAGACCGGUCACAGACUGCCAUGCUGGACCCUGCUGGCAACCUCUGGCAACCUCUGGCACAACUCUCCUGGCUUUGCCCUGGUCGCCUGCCCCCCAGUGCAUUCAUUCCCAAGCACCAUCAAGGCUGCCCCAGGGCGGGGGCUGGCAGAGGCCGGGAGCAGCAGUGUGGACUGGCCAGAGAGACUGGGGCAGGACGCGGGGCCUGUCCACUCCGCCCCAGGCACCGCGGGGACGCAGAGUCUGGGGCUGAGGGCCGGCCCUGGGCCCUUGCCAUUGUGUGCACUUGAAUAAAUAGGUUUUCCCCUCACUUUUCUCUCUUUUUUAGUUUACU